CACACACAUUGCCAUUUUGAAAUGUUUCUCUGCCUCGGGCACAGCACAAUCCCUUAUCCCUUCUGAAAUUUCAAAUUCUCAAAUCUCAUUCUCACUAUUUUACAUCUCUAAAGGACUCUACUCCAUUGCCUUUGGUCGUUCCACAAAUGGGUACUUGUCUCAGCAAGAAGAAAUCCUCUUCAUCUUCUUCAACUGCUGUCGUUAAUGGUGGUUCUGCCAUUAAUGGCGUUUCUCCCUCAGUUCCACUAUCAGUCAAGCAAGCUGUAGAGCUACCGAAAAAGGAUAAACAGCAAGAAGAGGUCAAAGAAGAAGAAGGGCAGCCAAUAACCCAAGUGAAGAAAGAGAUAUUCAUUAUCAAACACCGCCGGAGUCACGACGACAGAGCAGCGGAGCCAAAUCCCAAGAACCAAAAUCCGCCAUUGCCAUUAGUUGCAGCAGUAGCAGCACCUUCUGAUGACUAUGAUGAUGAGACUGCGGCCUCUCCUCAGGUUCAUCAGUUUUCGGCGGGCUCCUCCGCCGCCGCCGCGGGUGUGAGGACUUCCAGCUGCACCAAGGAAGAGGUGGACGCCAUUCUCAUACAGUGUGGAAGGCUCAGCCGUAGCUCCUCUGGAAAAGCGGCUUCUUCCUCUUCCGCGUCCAGAAAGUACUCUGGUUCCAAGCGGAGCUACGACUUCGACAACAACGAGGCAGCCAUUGCCGCCAAUGGUGGUGAUGGGGAUGAUGGGGUGGUUACGGUGUCAGAGGAGAGCAGUCAUCGCCACCGCGAGCGGCGUCAAUCGUCACGGUCAAGGACAAGGGCCUCUCCUUCUCCUCAGGGAAGGAGAAGAACUCCCAGCAGAGAAAGGGGAGACCAGCAACGGUCUGCUAGUCGAGAGAGACGUGUGAGUAGGUCUCCCGGAAGACGGUCAUCAGAAGCCAGUGGCGGCGGUGGCUCUUGUUCUAAUAGUAAUAACGCUAAUGUCAAUCUUGUUAAUUCUAAUAGACCAGGAAAGAUGGUCUCGAUUCCAGCCACUGUUUCAUCUUUGGUGAUGGACAAGAGCAACAAUUUGGACUCUUCCGCUGCUACUGUCAAGAGAAUUUUAGUGAAGAGAAAUGUAAGCGACACGGGUGCUGCCUCAAGGGGCGCGGCAUCACCGCGGUCUCAGUCUCCGGCAAGAGCUAAUGGCAAUGGUGCUUCUGCUAAAGCAGCAGCUUCCAACGAGCAACAGCAGCAGCCUUCUCUUAGCCGCAACUCUUCGAGGAAGGCAGAACACUCGCCUUACAGAAGGAAUCCCUUGAGUGAGAUUGAUCCCAAUUCCUUGGCAUAUCCAAACACUACCAACAACAAUAGGCAGCAAACCAAAACCAAACCCAGAGAAACUGAUGGAAUAACUGAUGACCCAAAUCAGGUUCAGAAAACAAAUGUGGGGACUGAUUACAGAAACGGAAGCAGAGUUUCAGCCACAAAGGAGCAACAAGCGACGGUGGAGACUACAGUGGUCAUCUCUGGGCCUCAUAAAUCUUCUUCUCAAACACAGCAACCGACAAUAACAAGAAGCAGGUCUGCUAGACGAUCUCGAGACCUCGAUUUUAAUCCCGAAACUCUGUUGCAUCCAAAUUCGAAUCCGGAUACCACUCCAUCUUACACCAGACUGCUGUUGGAGGACAUCCAGAAUUUCCACCAGAAGAACGCAAAUACCACAACCACUGUGGUGUCACUCCCUUCCUGCGUCAGCAAGGCCUGCUCCAUUCUCGAAGCCGUGGCAGACCUCAACUCUACCACCGGUUCCAGUCUGUCCGAAGAUCACUUCAACUCUUUGAUGGGUUCAACUCCUAAAAGCAAGGACCCUUUUGUGGAAUCAGAGGUAGUAAUUGGCUGUGACGACUUGACGGAGCCAAGCUUCCAUAAGUACGUGACAGUGAGAAGGGGAGGAGGUGGAGAUGCUGCAUCAGAGGAUCAAGAGUCUUCGGGCAGCAACAGCUAUGUGCAGCAGCAGCAGCAGCGGGGGUCCGGGAUGUUCUCAUCCUCUUCGGUAGAGUCGACAGACUACCGUGCUUGGAGAUCGAAUGAUGAGGAAGCAGAGGGCAGGAGGAGACUCAAUGAGAGGAGCAAGAGAGAUUCUUACGCUGGUCAACCGCACAGCGGUGGCAUUGGACGUGGCAGGCUUGGCUCAGCCAAAGGGCUUCAAACUGUUUCUGUGGUUACAUCCACGUAGUGUUAGUUAGUACUUGUUGAUUAUUACAUUUGUACCCGGUUUCAAUGUUAUGUAGUCUCUUGUUCAAAAAAAAAAUGUUAUGUAGUCUCUCGGUUUGAACUUGUUCGUUCAUUUAGUUUUCGGGAAGGAGAUCUUUGCACUCUCCUUUGUGUUAUUUGCUGUUGCUAACUUUGCAGCCAUUUUUAAAUCAAAAGCCAUUUGAUUUUUAUUCUC